CUUCCUUCGAAUUCAUUUUGUUAACUAAGAUUUGCACACCAAAUGUUUGAUGGUUUGCUUGCUAUUUUUUUAGUUAGUGUCUGUGUAAACUAAGUGAGUGGGUAGUGUGUCCUAUCUGCAAGAUUGAUUUUUUUGUUAUUUCUACUUCCAAAACAAUUGGGGAAAUGUUCUUGCAUUCUCACUUACUGGGAUAUUCAAACAUUCUUCCUUACACCCAAUAUUUCGUUAAAAUUAUCAUAUAAAAUAACAAUAAUACUUUCUUUUUCGAUUUCAAUACUGUGGAAGAUUUGAAAGCAGUUCAUGAAACUUCUCGCAAGCUUUUAAGGUCAUAAAAUUCCAAAAUUUCGCGCUUCGGUCUGAAACAGAUUCAACUGCACUUCCAAAAGAAUUGGUUGUGCAGUCCUUGUUUUGAUACACCAUCUUUAAGUUUCUAUCGGUUCUUGAGUUCCAUUAUGGCCAGUAAUUCUUUUGUAAUCCCCAAUGGAAGCGGCAACGGCAAUGGCAUUGGAAAACUCAACCCACCGCCAAAUCUGCAGAGGAACUACCAAGUGGUAGUGGCUGCUACACCAGAUAUGGGGAUAGGUAAAGAUGGGAAAUUACCAUGGAAGUUACCUACUGAUCUCAAAUUUUUUAAAGAGGUUACUGUAACAACAUCUGAUCCAGGGAAGAAGAAUGCUGUUGUAAUGGGUAGAAAAACAUGGGAUAGUAUCCCUCUUAAAUACAGGCCUCUUCCCGGCCGUCUUAAUAUUGUUCUUACUCGCUCAGAUAGCUUUGAUAUUGCAAUAGCAGAGAAUGUUGUUAUAUGUAGAAGUAUGGCUUCUGCUUUGGAAUUGUUAGCUGAACCUCCCUAUAGUUUGUCAAUUGAGAAAAUAUUUGUUAUAGGAGGUGGACAAAUAUUUAGGGAGACUUUAAAUGCACCUGGAUGUGAAGCUAUCCACAUCACUGAAAUUCAGACUAGCAUUGAGUGUGACACAUUUAUGCCUCCAGUUGAUUCCUCUGUAUUUCAGUUGUGGUACUCAUCUUUUCCUAAGAUGGAAAACAACAUUCGCUAUUCUUUCACAACUUAUGUGCGUGUAAGGCGUUCGGUGGAGCAUGCAACUCAGAAUACUGAUCCAGUUCUUGAUAACAAUUCAGAUACUCUAAAAUUUGAGUUCAAGGAUUUUUCUUUUCUUCCUAAAAUGAUUCUUGAAAGACAUGAAGAAUACAAGUAUCUUAGGCUGGUUGAAGAAAUCAUUUCUGAGGGUACAGCCAAAGAUGAUAGGACAAGGACUGGUACCUUGUCAAAAUUUGGUUGCCAGAUGAGGUUCAAUUUGCGCAGAAACUUCCCUCUUCUUACUACAAAGAAAGUAUUUUGGCGUGGGGUUGUUGAAGAGCUUCUUUGGUUUAUUAGUGGGUCUACAAAUGCCAAGUUGCUGCAGGAAAAAGGGAUCCAUAUAUGGGAUGGCAAUGCAUCGAGAGAAUACCUAGAUAGACUUGGCUUCACAGACAGGGAGGAAGGUGACUUGGGACCUGUUUAUGGGUUUCAGUGGAGGCACUUUGGUGCCAGGUAUACUAAUAUGCAUGCUGACUACUCCGGCCAAGGAUUUGAUCAGCUGUUAGAUGUUAUUAACAAGAUAAGGCACAAUCCCAAUGAUCGUCGGAUCAUUCUCUCCGCAUGGAAUCCAGCUGAUCUUCAAUUGGCGGCCCUUCCACCGUGCCACAUGUUUGCACAGUUCUAUGUAGCAAAUGGGGAGUUAUCAUGUCAAAUGUAUCAACGAUCUGCUGACAUGGGCCUAGGCGUGCCAUUUAAUAUUGCAUCUUAUGCCCUCCUGACCUGCAUAAUUGCUCAUGUUUGUGAAUUAGUUCCAGGUGAUUUUAUCCAUGUCAUUGGAGAUGCACAUGUUUACCAAAAUCAUGUGAAGCCUUUGCAGGAGCAGCUCCAGAACUUGCCAAGGCCUUUUCCGACUUUGAAGAUAAAUCCAGAGAAAAAAGAUAUAGAUUCUUUUGUGGCUUCUGAUUUCAAGCUCAGUGACUAUAAUCCUCACCAGAAGAUUGAGAUGAAGAUGGCCAUCUAAAAUGUAGGACAUAAUUCUUCUGUCCCUUCUUUAGGUAUGCCAUUACAUGUUUGAAGGAUUUGAAACUUGAAGAUAACCAUUCUCCUGAAUCCUGAGUUGGCUAAUUGUACUUUGCUAUGUUUGGAGAUCAACAGAGAAGGAAAAAGAAAAUUAAAUAAUUUCCAUUGAAGAGUGUUGUGGGAAAAUUAGGAAGGGUUUUAGCUUGAUACUGAAGUCUAAAUCUCCUUACUUUGUUUGCUAUAUUAUUUGCACCAAGUAUGGGAGGUUUUAAGAUGUAUUUCGUUGCUAAAGUUGAUGUCCUCUUAUGAUUGAAGAAUAUAUGCAUGAUUAGAGAAUUCUCUGAGUGUCUCUAACUUU